AUGUAUAAUAAUUUAAAUAUGGAUAAUAAUAAUAAUAAUAAUAAUAUGAAUAUACAUAAUGGUAUGGGACUACCUCCACCACAAUAUCAAUUUCAACCACCGCCACCACCACAACAAACAAUGUCACCACAUCAUUUUAUGCAACAACCACCACCACCAAAUAAUAUGUUUGCACCAGCACCACCUCAUUCACAUACCAACGGAUUCAUGAGUCCAUUUGGACCAAUGCAUGGUUCAGAUGGUAUGUUAAUGCCACCUCAUAUGCAUCCUCAUCAUCCAUUCGGUGGUUCACAUGGUCAAAUUCAAAUGCAUUUACAUCAUCAAGCAUUAUUUGAACAACAUUUACAUCAACAAGCAGCAGUAAUGGCUCAACAACAAGCAAUGGCAGAACAUCAUCAACAACAACAACAUGCAGCUAUUCAACAACAACAACAACAACAACAAACAGUACAACAACAACAACAACCAAUUAAAUCUAUUACAGAUGAAAAACCUAAAGCACCAACUUUAACAGAGAUUUUUGACGACUUAUCAUCAAGAUUUGUAUUAAAUAUACCUGCAGAAGAACUAUCAUCAUUUGAACGUUUAUUAUUUCAAAUUGAAACAGCAUAUUGGUUUUAUGAUGAUUUUUAUAGAGAAGAUUUCCCACAAUUACCAAAAUAUUCAAUGGGAGAGUUUACAAAGAAUUUCUUUAUGAAUUGUCCAAUUUUGAAAGCACAUCAAUCAUCUGUCGAAGAGAUUUUGAAAAAGUUUUCAGAGUAUAAAACCAAAGUUCCAGUAUUUGGUGCAAUCAUACUGAAUCAAGAUUUAGAGAAAGCAUUAUUCGUUAGAGGAUAUGGUAGUAACAAUAGUUGGGGUUUCCCAAAAGGUAAAGUCAAUAAGGAUGAACCCGAUUCAGAUUGUGCAAUUCGUGAAGUUUUCGAAGAGACUUCAUUCGAUAUUUCGCCCUACCUAAAUGAACGUCAUUACAUUGAAUUGAAUAUAAAGGAACAGAAAAUUAAACUUUACAUUAUAGCUGGUGUACCUGAAGAAACUUAUUUCUAUCCACGUACUAGAAAAGAAAUUGGUAAAAUCGAAUGGGUGGUAAUCAAUGAUCUACCAACAAUUGGUAAGAAAAUUAGUGGUUCAAAAGAACGUAACUUUUAUCGUUCUUUUCCUUUCUUUAAUAGAUUACGUAAAUGGGUACAAUUAAGAAAAUUAAAAUAUCCAAAAGAAUUAUAUGCUACAACUCCAAAUAAUAAUAAUCAACAACAAGUUCAACAAGUACAACAAGUACAACAACAGGUGCAACAAGUACAACCUCAAACACCAAAUAAUAAUCAACAACAACAACAACAACAACAACAACAACAAAAUAUUACACCAAAAUCAAAUAAUAAAAAUAACAAUAAUAAUUUACAGGUAAAUAAUCAAUAUUCACCAUACCCAAUUUCUCCACCUGCUUCACCUAGAGGACAACAACAACAACAGCACCAACAACAACAACACCAACAACAACACCAACAACAACACCAACAACAACACCAACAACAACACCAACAACAACAACAACAACAACAACAACAACAACAACAACAACAACAACAACAACAACAACAACAACAACAACAGCAUCAAAGUCAAAAACAACCAGUUCAACCAAUUACAAUUUUAACAAAAAAGAAAGCAGCAUUACAAGCACAACAACUACAACAACAAUCACAACAAAAUAAUUUAUUAUCAACUUUUAAUGAUCAAUAUAAUAAACAAAAGAGUCAACCAUCAUCAUAUCCAAUCAUUCCUGAAAGUUAUAUAAAUACAAGAUUUAAUUUGGAAAAAUUCAAUGUUCAAGAUUUAUCUAAUCAUUUUAAAACUACAAGUUAA